ACAUGAUGUACGGUUUCUAUCAUUGAAGCGCCUCUGUUAGCUGAGUAAUUUCAACCGUGAAAAUUUAUGAUUACCUACGUCUGCCACUUUCCCUUUUCUUCGAGCGUUUACUGACCCAGGACUUUUGGUCAAGUGAAGGAAAACCACAGGCGCCUUCGCAAAUCGACCCUAAGACAAAAAAUUAAAAUUUAUGAUCUUGCUGUGUUGAGGCCUCGCAGAUCAAAGUCCAAUGUAAUUGUAGGAGUAAUCCCAAUUAAGAAGAAGAUGAGCCGUGAUUCCAUUCUUAUUUUGAUAUUUCUAUUGAGUUCUUGUUGGGUCAUUUGUGAGUGCUGAUGGUCUAACUGCAACAAUGAAACAACUUAUUCUUACGGCGACACAUAUUCCAGAAACCUGAACCAAGUUAUCAAUGAUCUGUAUCCCAACACAUCUGAUAUUCCAGAGUUUAGUACCUCUUCACAUGGUGAUUAUCCCAACACCGUCUAUGGCCUUUUGCAAUGUGUCGGGAAUAUAUCAGCAGAAAAGUGUUCCGAUUGUUGGAAGAAUGCAAGUAAAACCGUUAGUGAACACUGUGGCAAUGCCAAAGAUGGGCGAGUAUGGAUGGAUACUGUUUCUUGCGUUAUGACAACAAUGAUUUCUUUUCGGAUCUAGAUAUCGCUGUGAUUUCCUUUCCCAAUGAAAGUCAUAUCACUAGCAAUUUAGAGGCUUACAAGGACACAGUAACUAGGCUUCUGAAGAGUACUCUGUCUGAGAAAGCCUACGAGCCUGCAAAUAGGGGCUUCGCUAUGGGAUCGGCUAACUACACCAGCACCGGAGAAGUCUACGGUCUACUCCAGUGUUGGAGAACUAUGGAGAGCGAUGAUUGCAAGAAGUGCUUCUUGUAUGCGAGGAACCAGGCACACAGUUGUUGCUCAAACCGAAAAGGAGCUCAAGUUCUGUCCACAAGCUGCAAGAUAAGAUAUGAGAUAUACCCCUUUUUUGGCUCUGCAGAGUCGAUGUUACCUUUGGAAUCAAACAAUCCAACAACUCCUUCACCUCCCACAUCUACCACAGAAUCACAUAGUUCUGGAAAGUCCUCGGUAACGUUGCCUAUAAUAUUGGGGCUCGUGGGGGCCCUGAUUCUGGUGUUUCCUAUUUGCGUGAUUGCAAUGAGAAAAAGAAUGGCAUCUACUAUUUCUGGGAGGGAAAUAACUUUAGUUACCCACAACGAAGAGAGGCGAGGAUAUUCUCCUGAAGCCAGAUUAAUUAUGCAGGAGAAACAUUUUGUGUUCAGUUUAGAAGAACUUGCAGAAUCCACACAAAAUUUUGAUGAGAAUAAGAAGCUUGGAGUGGGAGGUUUUGGUGUCGUCUACAAGGGAACAUCUAGAGACGGAAAGGAAAUAGCUGUGAAAAAACUGUCUGCAAGAUCUACGCAAGGCAAGAAAGAAUUAAUGAACGAAGUGAAGUUGCUGGCCAAUGUUCAGCACCGAAAUCUUGUGAAGCUAUUGGGAUGUUGUGUUGAGGGAGAGGAAAUGUUGCUUGUUUAUGAAUACUUUCCCAAGAAGAGCUUGGACACUUUUCUAUUUGAUCCGGAAAAGCGCAGAGAGUUAAGUUGGCAAAAGCGUUAUAACAUUAUAAUUGGAAUCGCCUAUGGCCUUCUCUAUCUUCACGAGGAUUCACAAUUGAAAAUUAUUCACAGAGAUAUUAAAGCAAACAACAUUUUACUUGAUGAGAAACUCAAUGCCAAGAUAGCUGACUUUGGCCUAGCUAGAUUAUUUGUUGGAGAUGAAACACAUGUCAAUACAAAAGCUGCAGGCACAUAGUAAGGAUCCUCGCAAUGAUGAUAUUGUGCUAAGUACUUAUAGAUCUAUAUCAGUGAUGGCUAUAAAUUGUUGGGUUUCUUUGUUAUUUUGUAAAUUACUUUGUCUAUAUUGCAGUGGUUACAUGGCUCUAGAGUAUGCAAUGCA